AUGGGACUCUUCACCUACUUCAGUCUUUGCCUUCUUGGAAUCCUAAUUUCCAGUCCUUUCCAGGAAGCUGAGGCUGACACCUGUGCCAGGGAGUGGCUGCAAAACCAGGGAAACUGCUAUGCGUAUUUUGAUAAUAAAUUGAGCUGGCAAGAGGCUGAGAUUGAGUGCCAGAGCUAUGGCCGUGGGGCCCACCUCGCCUCUGUCCUCACCAAAGCAGAGACUCUCUUGGUGGCCGAGCACAUCUCCACUUACCAGCAAGAAAUAAGCGACGUCUGGAUUGGGCUCCACGAUGUCCGCCAGACCAGGAGAUGGAGGUGGGCUGAUGAAUCCACCUACAACUAUAAGGCCUGGAUGAAACACCAGCCAGACAACUACCGCAAUGCUGAACACUGUGUGGAGCUGAGACGAACCACAGGUUUUAAGGAGUGGAAUGAUGCUCAGUGCAAGAAACUCAAUGCCUACAUCUGCAAACAUGAACUGUAA